AUGACCGUUAGCACAGCAGUGAAUUUUGCUGCUAUGGUGUAUCAGUUUGGAUGUAAAGUUGUUAAUCAGCAUACAGAAAUCAGCGCUCUGGACAUCGUCAACUUAGUGGUGGCAGCGCAAAACAUGUACUCCUGCUGCAUGUCACCGAAGUCAGCGAGAGCUAUGUUGGAAAAAGUGAGAGUGGAGAUUCAAGCAGAAAAUCAGAAUAAAGUGCUGACUAAGGAAAAGGAGAUCAAGAAGGCUCAAGAAAAGAACAAAAUUAUGGAACAAGAGUUGAAGGAGAUGAAGGCCUCUGGAUCAGGCGAUACCAAGAAAUUGGAGGAUAAGAUUGAAACAAACAAUAAGAACAUUGAGAUUUUGAGAAAAGAAGCUCAGGAAGCACUUGAACAAUUUAUGGAAAAUCAGAGAAACUGGGCCGAGGCAGAUGUCAAAGAAAUUCUUGCACCCUUUAGAGAGAGCCAGACGAAGAUUAAAAAUAUGCAAAAUGAAAUCAAGUUGUUAAAGGAAGAACUUCAAGUACUGGAAAACUCCGGAUCUGGAGACACUAAUAGAAUUGACGAAUUGCGAAAUAAAAUUCUAUGUAAUGAGGAGAGGAUUGAUCAGCUGACUAGCGAGGCCUUGGCUAAGCAAGACCAGUAUUUGAAGAACAAAGGAGAAAAAAUGAAAGUAAGUUGCACCUUCGAAUUCCUAUUGUUGUCUUUUAUCAAAAGAGAACAUUUGAGGCAGUCAACAAUACAUGUGAUCUGGUGAGC